GGGAGAGGCUGAGGAGAACAGGUUAUUCCGGUCCUGACCAAACCAGGUAGAUGACUGGGCGGGAGCUCUCCCGUCACCUGGGGCGCGGCAGGUGGAGCCAGGUGACCACGGUGUCCUCCUUUAACUCAGUACUGGCAAGAGCGUCCACACGCACACACCUUCAAUACCCUGAGAUAAGGUACAAGGAGCAGGGCAUCCUGCCAGCGAAGGAAGAGAAACAAGACCAGAGGACUCCAUCAGAGGAAGAGAAGGAACCACUCAGAGGCAAAGGGAAAGAGAGAGAUUGUGUCGGUGAUUCACCAGGGAUCUAACCUAGGACCCUCAGGAUGUUGAAGAAAAAGGGGAACACGGUGAAGGUCCCCGGGAAGAUCAGCAAGACCCAGGCCACCCACCUGGCAACGCUGAUCUCCCGCAUGCAGCAGAGUGCUGACAAAGUAGAGCAAGAAAUCCUCAGAGCAGAGGAGCUCCUGGCUGUGGAUGCUGUGAACGAGAAGAAAGAGCUGCCUUUCAAGCACCAGCAUGAGAUCUCGGAGAACAUGGGCGAGGUGGAGGGGCUUCUCCAGGCCCUCUUCCUGGACGUGGACAAGGCCAAGAAGAUGCAGCAUCCCCAGGCCAACGAAAUCUCCAAAGAUGUGAGUCGGCUGCACGAGCGCUGGCUGAAGGACUGUGCGUUCUACCGGGACGUCUAUGAGCAGGUCAACGACGUGUCUCUGACCCCCCGUAUCGACUGGGGCCCCGUGCUCAACCAGAAGCAGAAAGAGGUGAACGUGGAGGCGUUCGGGCCGACCAUGGCUGACCUGGAGAAGCAGAUCGCCUCCCACAACAUCCUCCACAAGGAGCUGGAGGCCUACAGCCCACAGCUCUCCCUAGGCUCUGUGGGCAACAAGGAGCAAUACACAGCCCUCAAGAAACAAUACAACAAUCUUUUGGACAACUCCAAAUGGCGUCAACACUACCUGCAAAGCCUGCAUGAGUAUAUGCAGGGUGGCACCAAAGAGUCGGCCUUCCUGGCAGACGAGCAGGACAAGAUCAAGAGGCAGGACUGGAGUGACCGCAUGGUGGACCCGCCUGAUGUCCGCAGGCAGUACGAGAUCUUCAAGAGCAACAGCCUGCUGUCCCACGAGUCAGAGGUGAACAAGCUUCAGGACGAUGGGGACCGUCUGUUGGAGCUCAAGCACCCUGCGAGUGCCACUAUCGAGAUGCAGAAAGAUGCGGUGAGGAAUGAUUGGCAGAAAUACCUCAAUCUGUGCAUCUGUCAGGAGGCCCAUCUGGACAAUGUAGAGGAGUUCAAGAAGUACCAACUGGACACUGAGCAGCUGGCGGAGACACUGACCAGACUCAACAGCACCCUGGACCCCAAAACAAUCAGCAAGCAGAGCAACUCCCAGACCCUGCUACAGCUUGAGACGGAGGAGAAGUCUGUCCAGCGUGCCGCUGCAUUGCUGGCCGACCUGAGGAGGCGCAGCACCUCCAUCGCGCCCCUGAAGCUCCGUCGCAUCGCGCCCACCCGAGCCAUCACCGUGGAGUCCCUCUGCGACUGGGAGACGGACAAGGACACUCUGGCCAGAGAGGAGAGGUUUACCCUGAAGUCCAACUCGGACAUAGAGAACUGGAUUGUUGUAUCCCCCGACGGAACGACCAAGACCUUCCCAGGAGUCUGCUUCAUCAUCCCCCCACCUGAUCCCGAAGCCAUCGACAACGUGGACAUGUUGGGUGGAGAGCUCGCUGACAUAAAGAAGAGACGAGCUGCUUUGGUGACGUCUCUAAAGAGCCAAAACACACAGACUGCCAGGUCUCAGCAAGCAGCCCCAGUGUCUGCGGCUCCCAUGGACCCUAAAGCGGUGGCUCUGGCCGACCAGCUGGACAAGCUGGACAGCGACCUGGCCCAGACGGAGCAGGACAUCCUGAGCCGGCUGCGAGCCCCCCUGGAGCGCGGCAACACGGCAGCCGAUCUGGCCAAGCGGCUGAAGGAACAGGAGAAAGCCUCAAAGGCCCUGAAGGCCCUGGAGCAGCAGAACAUUGCCGCCCAGGCCGACCUGCAGUCCCUGUUGGCCAAAGACGCCAGCCUCUCCUCCUCAGCUCUCCCACUCAAACUCACAGAGGCCAACAACAAGAAGGACAGUAUUGCCGGCUUGGCCGACCUCUACACCAAGAAAGCUAAUGCGUCUCUGAACCUGGAGAACCAGAUCAAAAAGGUGGACGGCAUCAUCUCUGGCUUCGAAAAGAGCCUCUGUGAGGAUGGUCCGAUCCCUGACAGCCCAAAUGUCCUCCAGAACCGUACUCAAGAGAUCCAGAGCUUGCGCACGGCCGUGUCAGGGAGCCAGGACGAGAUCAAGAAGCUGGGUCAGGACCUGGAGCAGACGGAGCAGCUGUGCAGCUCGCUGCAGCAAGGCUACCAGGAGUACUGCCCCGACAUCAGGCGCCAGGGCACCCAGGUCCAGCAGCUGCAGAACCGCUACACCAACCUCAGCAACCAGCUGAAGGAGAGAGAAAACCUAUUGCAAGAGGUUUCAACCAAGAACCAGGAGUUCCAAGCAACAAGCAAGUCUCUGAAUUCCUUCCUGGACAACAUGCCUGUGGACCAGCUCAAACCCACUGAUGACCAAGCACAGCUUAAUGCCAAGGAGGCCUCCCAGAAGCGAGCAAUGGAGGACCUGCAGAGGAAGGGAGACGAUAUGGACCGGGCGGUGGACCUGUCUCAGGACCUGCAGAGUCUGCUAAGUGUGUAUGAGUUGAAUGCCGACAAAUAUAACAGUAAUGUAGAGGAUGCCGGAGCCACGGUUGCAAAGAGGCCUCAUGUACCUACACUUGCUGAUGCAGUGCAGCAGCAGGAAAAGGCUUUGGUAAACCGUUAUGCUGAAACUUCUGCUGAGAACACCCAACGUCUCAACCAAAUGAGCUUGUCUAAGAAUCUAAUUGCACAGAAGGAAGAGGAGGUACAAAUGGUGGAGCAAAGUGUUCAACUGCAGAGCCAACAGAGGAGUAGCUCUGAGGCAGACGGACUGCAGAAAGAGCUGGAUGAGGAGAAGGAGAGGCUCACUUAUACCGAGACAGAACUGAGGACCUUCAAGGAAAGGAUGAUGUCCCUGAAGAGUCGCCGGGGAGUAGAGCGUGUUGAGGACACGGAGGUGCUGCAUUACUACCGCGACCCAAAACUGGAGACGGAUCUGGUGGAUUUCGAAAAUAAGUUGCACGAGGAGUCCCUGAAGCGAAGCACAACCCAGGGUGAGAUUGAGUUGAUCACCAGGAAAAUCACCAUCACGGAAGAAACCCUCAAAACCUCCACUCCAAAAUUGGUGACCAGAGAGGUGACAGAGUUUGAGAAGGACCCUCAGAUGGACAUUGAGGCGGCCAAGCUGAAAUCUGAGAUUGAGAGGAUAAGGGAUGAAAUGAGGGUGAGGGAAGGGGAAACCAUUCAGAUGAAGACAGAGGUCACCAUUCUGCAGGCGAAGAAGCCAAACAUCAAAGAGCGGGUGGUGAAAAUAGAAGUGGUCAAAGUUGAACAGGAUCCGAACAUGCUGAGGGCUGUCCGCAACUUUGAGGUGGAGAUCUCAGACGAAGGCAACAAGAGCAAGCUGAUCAACGAUGACAUCUUCCAGACAAGGAGCCAGAUCAAUUCAAUGGAGAGAAUCAUUCAAACCAUCCAGCCAAAGGUUAUCAUUAAGGAGGUGAUGAAGAUCGAACAAGACCCUGGGCUCAUCAAUGAAUCAAAGAAAACACAGUCUGACAUUGAGGAGGUGAAGAUUGAAAACAACCAAUUACUGACAGAGAUAACAGAGCUUCAACGCAGAUAUCGUGAAGUGCAAGGCUGGAAGCCACGAAUUGAGGUAAACGAAAUUGUCAAUGAGAUUUACCGCAUCGAUCCCAACACAGAGAUGGAGAUAAUGCGCAUAAAGAAGGAGAUACAAGAGACAAGUAGGCAGUGCUCAGAAUUGGAGAGGCAGACCACCCUCGUCUCCUCUGAUCUGAAUGUCGUCCGUUCGGAGAAGCCCCGGGUAGAGCUGAAGGAGGUCCUCCAAGAGGUAGUUAAAGAGGAGAGGAGCCCAGAAAACUACAAGGAGAUCACGAGGCUCAACGACCAAGUUAACCAAAUACACAACUCCUACAACUCAAUCUUGGACAGGCUGAGGAUCCUCAGGCAGGAGAGGGACCAAUGGAAGUUAGAGAAGUCCAAGGUGGAGACCAAGCUCCUCACCAGAGAGGUUGUCAAGUACGAGAACGAUCCGCUGCUCGAGAAAGAGGCAGACCGCCUGAGGAAGGAGGUGCGUGACGAGACACAGAUACGCCGCACCACUGAAGAGAUGGUGUUUGACCUGCAGAACAAGUACAUAAUUCUGGAGCGACAGAAGCCUGAGGAGAAAGUGGUCGUCCAGGAGGUGGUGCGCCUACAGAAGGAUCCAAGGUUGAUGAUGGAGCAUGACAAGCUUGGCAGGAAACUCGACGAUGAGGUCAAGUCCCGGCGCCAGAGAGACCUGGAGCUACAGCAGCUGAGGACCAAAGUUGAGGACACGGUGAGGAUUCUGAGAGAGAGUGACGAGCGCCAGAAGAAGAUCCAGGCUGAGUCUGAACUCAGAGAACUCAGACUUCGCAUUAAGCAGCUUGAAAAUGCCCCACCACCUGUCGAGGAGAGCAUUGUUGUUGAAGAGGUGCUGAAGGUUGAGAGAGACCCAACCUUGGAGAGGAUGACCAGUGGGUUGCGGUCCGACAUGGACAAGGAGACCAGCGAAAUGCUUCGUAUCCAGAGGGAAGUCCGUAAUAUUACUCUCAAGCUUGAAAUCCUACAGCGGGAAAAGUCAGGCGAGAAGACAGUGUACAAGGAAGUCGUCCGCAUUGAGAAGGAUCAGGUGGUAGAGGCCGAAAGAGACCGCCUCAGGGAACAAGUAUCCCGUGAAAGGUUUAACAGGCAGGAUGUGGAGAACGAAAUCAGACGCCUCACUGAAAAAACCAACUCGCUCCUUUCCUCCAAGUCUAGUUUUUCACGAAAGUCCAAGACCCUUGUUGCAAGCCAAGAUGCACUACAGAGAGAAAGGGAUGACUUGGCCCGGGAGCUAAGAACCCUUGAAUCGAGUAAACAUGACAUCAGCUUGUCGUUCCAGCAGCAGACGAGGCUUAUGAGUGAAAGAACCAACAUUAAUAAGCAGAAAAGCAUCAAGAUGGAUUCCGAUGUCCAUCGCUUGGAGAGGGAGAUCCUAGGCGAGAAAGACAAAAUCCACUUGAGUGACAACACCAUAAGAGAGCUUCUUCUCCAACUACAGAAAGAGGAACAUGCAGAGACCAGAACCAAAGAGAGUCACGUCUCCACUAAGAUCACCAUUUUGGAUCCAGACACAGGCGUGGACCUGUCCCCCUAUGACGCCUACACGCAGGGCCUCAUCGACCGUAAACAGUACAUCCACCUGCAGGAGCUUGAGUGUGACUGGGAGGAGAUGACUUCGAAGGGUCCGGAUGGUGAAUCAUCCGUACUCCAGGACCGUAAGAGUGGCAAGCAAUACUCUAUCAAAGAUGCCCUUAAAAAAGGUUGGCUGACACAGAACGAUCUGCAGAAAUACAAAGACGGCAAGAUGCCCAUCUCAGAGUUUGCCUUACUCGUAGCUGGAGACGGUAAAAAAGCACCGAAAAUCAACUCAAUCAUCCCCAGCUCCAUCACCUCAGCACAAUCCACUCCUUCCCAAUCCAUCAGUGCUUCCACUGAAAUAUACCCAAUCGCUGGGGUAAUUGACACAAACACUGGCACCUGCUUCACAAUACGCAGUGCCAGCAUGCGUAAGAUGAUAGACAGUGUCACAGCCCAACGACUUCUGGAAGCUCAGGCAGCCACGGGUGGCAUCAUUGACUUCAACACCAAAGAGAGACACCCAGUCCACAGGGCGAGCGACAAGGGCCUCAUCGAGACAAGUCAACUCCAGCGGCUGCUCAACGCCCAGAAGGCCUUCACAGGCGUCGAAGACCCAAGGACCAAGGAGCUCUUGGCUGUUGGGGAGGCCGUUCAAAAAGGCUGGAUGCCCAAAGAAACAGCCAUUCGCUACAUGGAAGUACAGCACCUGACCGGCGGGCUGGUCGACCCCAAAACCGGCCGGCGGGUAAGCAUCCUGGACGCCAUCGGAGCCAAGCUGCUUGAUAGUGGCAUGCUGAGAGAGCUGCAGUCAGAGUCCUGCUACGCCAAGGAGAUCACAGACCCGGUCACCAAGGAGAAGAUCAACUACAAGCAGGCCAUGGAUCGUGCAAAAAUAGAUCCAGUUUCAGGCCUACCGAUGCUUCCCACAUCGUCUAAAGAUUCAAGUUACACACCUGUGUACAACGCCAAUAAGUACUCCAGAUACUAGAAGUGUUUACAAUAUAUGAGGAGGAAUCUAGUCUAGUGGCUGAUUGACUACAUUGUGCUUAGCAAAGUAAAGAUGAAUGAGACACUGUACAAUCUUAAUUUAAUACAGUUAUUCUUACAGUCAACCAUUUUGUUUGCAACCAUAUAAAGUAAUAUACAUGCCUAAAAGUUAAAAGCACGCUAAGCUACUCUCUCUACUCAAACAUAUUUUUAAAUAUAACUUGAAUCUACUCCGAAAAUAAUGUAACAAUUAAUAUAUAUAACAAAAAGUCAUGAUUUAUUUUUCAUUCAUUAAACUGUCAGCUAGUACCAGCCACAGGAGCAUCAAAUUAUUUUUGAGUAGAAAUGCUUCCUUGAUCUUAGCCUUUAGAAUGCAGUCAACUUGGUCAUAUUGAGGUUUGAACGGGCUCAAAUAUAAUUGUUCAGAAUCUUAACUCCACUGCAAAGCCUACUUUCAUUAAACAUGCUGCUUAUGAACUACUUCUGUUUACUUGUCGAAGUACUAAGGUGGGAAAAAUCAUAUUUAAAACAAUUAUAAUCAGGUCUGUAUUGCUUUGUUUUUAAAUGUUUUAUUGUGGAAGAAGGGACAUGGUGCAAUGUUAACCAAGAUAGUUUUUUUGUAUUACUCCUCCAGUCUUGUUAUAAACCUGAUGAAGAAACUAAUAUGAGUACGUUUAAAUUAUACAAUGUACAUCUGUACAACCAGUUAUCACAAACAAAAUAAACCAUAGUUGUAUUUUGCUUUCUGUGGAAAAGAAAUAAAGAAAUAUCAACAACA